AUGGGUUUGCUGGACGAAAGUGGAAUUCUGUACGUGAUAGCGGAUGUGCUGUCGAUCGUUACCAUCGCAUCAUGUCUGGUGUCGAAGGUACCGCAAAUACAAACCGUCCGGCAGCUGCAGUCUGCCAAAGGGCUGAGCGUGAACGGACUGCUAAUGGAACUAUGCAGCUACACCGUCACAAUGUUGUACAACUACACCAAUGGGUAUGCGUUCCUGUCCUACCUGGAAUAUCCAAUUCUGCUCGUGCAAGAGUACGUGCUAGUGUACUACGUACUGCGUUAUGAGUCGUUGCUUGGCAACCGUGCAUACCAGUGGGGGGCGAUCUAUGUGGCAGUAUUUAUUGGUUUUGCUACCACAAUUAUACCUUCCUCACUGCUGAUGAUGCUUGUGCCAUUCACUACCCCCGUCGGUGCAACAAGCAAGGUAAUGCAGUUGAUCGCCAUCUUGCGUUCGAAGGAUUCACAAUCGGUUAGCUUGAUCACGUGGGGCAUUUCGGCGUUUACCAACUCAACUCGCAUCUACACGAUCAUGCUGGACUCUGGUGACAAAAUGUUGUUGGCCAACUUCGGCAUCUCUACCGUGCUGAGCAGCUCUGUAUUGCUGGCCGCGUGGUACUACAAAAAACCAAAGAAGGAUUAA